UAAAUUCCGACAAAAUAUUGAUAAUAUAAGCAAAUAAAAGAAGCAAUAAUUAUAUCAUUAGUAAAUACUCUAAUGUACAAAGAUUCAAGCAGAAACACUUUUGAAAAGAAAUUCUAAUAUGUCACAAAGAAAAGAGUGGUAGCAUAUUAAAAAUUAAUAAUAACUCAAAACUUCUCCAACAUAAAAUUGGAAACCGAGUUUCUAGAGGGCAUAGAUAACAAACCUUAUAUGUAUAAGGAUGGCUAAAAAGAGUUCAAUUAAAAAUUUUCACAAUAAUACAAUAAUAUACAAACUCUAUACAAAAAAUGCUUAAAAAAUAAAAUAAACAAUAAACACAAUAAACAAAGAAAAGAAAAAGUCACUUUCAAUAUAGAUAAAGAUCUUGCAUAUGAUUUUUGAAUUAACCUAUUUUUUUGUAUAUACAGUGC